CAUUGCAUAUAUAAUCAAACCAGAAAAGUUUUGGGAGAAGAAGAGAACGAGUCUGGGAAGUGCCAAAUAUAACUUUGAAACAUGUAUGAUCUCAGUGGAUGGCUUAUCAAAGUUCAUUGAUUGUUCACAACUGACUCGAGAAUUUGAGGGCAGUCUCGAGUAUAACCAUGAGCAGUGGAUACAGUUGAGAUUGAUGCUGGAAGAAUUCAUAUGGAAAGCUUUAGAUCUGUUGGACAAAUUGGAUGACCUUGGUGAGAUUCUGACCAAUCCUGAGCUACCUGAGGAGUUGAGUGGCGCCCAGUACCGCCUGGAGGAACAUAAUCACCUGAAGAGGAGGGUUCAAAUGGCCCCCGUGGAGCAGCUGGCAAUGGAGGGGCACAGAAUACUGCAGGAAAUUACCGGGGAGGGGCAACAACAAGGUCGUAGAUUUGUGAUCUCGGGAACAGCUGAUUUUCAGAGCUCGGUGCCUCAGAUUUCUCAGCUCCUGGACAGGAUGCAUGGCACCAAGCAGCACCUGAAUCAGCUGUGGCAGGUCAAACGACUCAGGCUGGAGCAAUGUCUACAGCAGAGGAUAUUUGAGGAAGACGUAGAGAAGAUGUUUGAUUGGAUAGCCAACAACAGAGAUCUAUUUCUAGUCAACUACACAGAGAUCGGGAACUCCCAUCAAAUGGCAGUAGAGCUGAACAGUGAACACACACAGUUUGCUAACAGUGCUGUGAAUGUUUAUGUAAACAUUAAGAGAAUACUUGGAAUGGCACAGCGGUUGUGUGAUGCUGGACAUUAUGCAUCUAACACAAUCCGCAUGCAGGCAGGACAGCUAGAGAGGGAGUGGAAAAGCUUAGCAGCUGCAGUGGAGGAUCGAAGUGUGGUGUUAAACAUGUCCGUCAACUUCUACAAAAAGGCAGAACAGUACUUGGCCCAGGUGGCAGGCUGGAGACAAGCUUGUGAAGAUGACCAUCUUCCUGCUGAAAUUGAAGAAUUGGAGCUAGCUCUACACCAGCAUCAGAAUCUCACAGAAGUCAUCUCGCAAUGCUACACUGAUGUUUGUAGAGACGGGAAACAGCUGUUAGAGACCUUACAGACACCGGUGACCUCUACCAGCAUCAACAGUAUUACAGCCAAGGCAGACUACUCUGAAGCUUCUGGUCAUGUGCUAGAUGUCAUCCAUGAUGUUUUAGCCCACCAGCGACACUUAGAACAAAUGUGGCACUCUAAAAGGGUCAAGCUUCAUCAGAGACUGGGGCUGCGGUUGUUUCAACAAGACGUCAAACAGGUCAUAGAUUGGUUAGAAAACCAUGGAGAUGUCUUUUUGAAGAAAAAUACCUCAAUUGGUCGAAGUUUACAAAGAAGCAAAGCUUUACAGAAGAGUCACCAACAUUUUGAAACAGUUGCUAAAAAUACCAUCACCAAUGCAGACAAGCUGUUAUCAGCAGCAGAUGAGCUCGCUCACACGGGGGAAUGUGACCCCAAGGAAAUCUACAGGGAGGCCCAGGACUUACAACAGAGAAUGGGGAAUUUCCUUACCUCCCUGGAGAGGCGCAAGGCUACCAUACAAAUGGCCGUGGACUUCUAUACACAUGUUCAUGAGUUGACAUCAUGGUUAGAAGACCUGCAGCAGGAAUUACAGAGUUCUGAAAUAGCCGACACUGUGGAGGGGGCAGAACAACUACUGGACCAGUUUAAUCAGCAAAGGGAGAUAACUAUAGAAUCAGCCAUCAACACAGUUAGUGAAGGGGAAAAUCUACUGGAAGAAAUAAGGGUGUUCAGUGCUGAGCCUGACAAAAUUAAUCAGAAUGCGGAUUAUACCCAUAUAGAAGGUGUUCUGAGACAGUUGAAUGACAGUAGGACACAGCUAGAAGAAUUGUGGGCCAAUCGAAAGAUGAAAUUAGACUUGUGUUUACAACUCAGACUGUUUGAGAGAGAUGCUCUAGAGGUGUCCUCCCAGUUAGAACUCUGGGCGGAGGAACUCCAGCAUCAGGAUCUGAUGUCAGACGGGGCUAAAUCAGAACAGCAGCUCCAGAUCCAUAACGACAGCGUGCUUCACAUGCAGAACUGUACUUACGACGUUCUACAGAGGGGGCAGGAUAUCAUCCAGAUAUUUGAGAGUAGUGGGAUCCAGCUGAUGGCGGACACUCAGUACGAUGCUCCCUCCCGGAUCCAGGCUCUGAUGGAGUAUCUACGGGAACGAGAGCUGGACCUUGAGACCAUUGCCGAGACCAAGAGACAGAGGCUGGAACAAGGGGUACAGCUACAGAACUUUGAGGUGGAGGCCAGACAGGUGAUCUACUGGAUAGAGAACGGAAAGUCAAUGUUGGUGAGCAGCUUUAUUUGUCCAAACUCCUUAAUGGAGGCAGAUCAGCUGAGGAAGGAACAUGAGCAGUUUAUGUUAGCUAUUGAGAAAACUAAUAUAAGUAUGGCUCAAGUGACAAACCGAGCGGAGAGUAUGAUACAGAACAACCAUUAUAACUCGGACCUGGUGCGGGCGAUCGCGGAGAAUGUGACGGUAGCCUGGCAGCAGCUGAUGUAUCACACAGAGGAGAGACAUAAGUUAGUGAUGGCCUCCAUGAACUGGUACAAAACCGCCGAACAGGUAUGGUCAGUGUUGGAGAGCCUGGAGAGAGACUACAGGAGAGAUGAGGACUGGUGUUCUAACGAGCGAGUGGCAGCUCAGGACAAGGCCGCUUAUCUCCUACAGCUCAUCAACAAACAUAACGAGCAGAAGGAGGCAUUCCUAAAGGCUUGUACACUGGCCAGGAGAACUGCUGAAGCUUUCUUGAAGUAUGUUAACAGGAAUCUAUACACGUUUGGUACACAGAUCAAGUUCAGAACUGUGGAUCCAGGAAAGCAUGUCAAAGCUUGCCUGGAUCAGUUGCUUCACCAGGAGAAUCAUGUGAUAGAGAACUGGACUGUGAAGAAGAGGAAGUUAGAGCAGUGUCAUCAGUAUGUCCUGUUUGAACAGAGCGCUAGACAGGCUAUAGAUUGGAUAUGUGACUAUGGAGAAUCUUACCUAGACAGUCACAAAACUCUGGGCUCCAACCAACAAGAGACAGAAGCUUUACUGAAAGAACACUACGAGUUCCGGAGCAGAGCCAAGGAGACAAAAGAAAGUGUUAAUUUACUUCUCCAGCUUGCUGAUGGAUUUGUAGCUAAGGGUAAUUUACAUGCAGCUAGCAUCAGACAAUGGUGUAAUGCAGUGGACAAGCGGUACAAGGACUUCUCCUCACGCAUGGACAAAUAUAGACACAAGUUAGAGUCCAAGCUGGGAGUCCAAGAACAGGUGCCUGAACCUAAAGAGAAAGAGGAGCAGAGACACAGUGAUUCCUCCCUGGAGGAUAAGGUCCUGAAUCAGGCCCCCAAGGAACUGACAGAGGAGAAACGCCGAUCUGCCAGGAAGAGGGAGUUUGUGAUGGCUGAACUUUUACAAACUGAGAGAACAUAUGUUAAAGAUUUAGAAGUUUGCAUCAAGACAUACCUGAGUGAAGCUAUGGAGCCAGAUAAUAAUGUCCCACUUGGUAUAUACGGCAAACAUAAAAUCAUUUUCUGUAACUUGGAAGAAAUUUAUGACUUCCAUAAAAAUAUAUUUUUGAAAGAAUUGGAGAAAUAUGAGACUAUUCCUGAAGAUGUUGGCCAUUGUUUUGUCACUUGGGCUGAGAAGUUCUCUAUUUAUGUGACGUACUGUAGAAACAAACCAGACUCAAAUCAACUGCUGGUGGAACAUGCUGGCUCAUUUUUUGAGGAGGUCCAGGCCAAACACAAGCUGAAUGAGCCCCUAGCAUCUUACCUGAUCAAACCUGUACAGAGAAUCACCAAGUAUCAACUGCUGCUCAAAGAUCUGCUUUCCUGUUGUGAGGGGCACAAUGGGGAAAUCAAGAACUCUUACAAUAGUUUAAGAAAAGCCAUCAAGACAAAAGACUCACUGAGGUACUAUGAACUCUUGGAUGGGUUAGAGGUCAUGAUGAAUGUUCCUAAGAGGGCAAAUGAUGCCAUGCAUCUGAGUCUCCUAGAGGGACUGGAGGAGAAACCUGAGGCCCUGGGGGAUGUUUUCCUCCAGGAUCAGUUCACUGUGUGGGACCCCAAACAGCUGAUCAAGAAGGGGAGGGACCGCCACCUCUUCCUGUUUGACAUGUGUGUCAUUUUGUCCAAAGAGAUGAAGGACAGCAAUGGCAAGGCUAAAUAUCAGUACAAGUUCAGGCUUAUGAUAUCAGAUAUAAACAUCACAGAACAUAUAGAAGGGGAUGAGACCAAGUUUGCCCUGUGGACUGGGAGAGUGCCUAUCUCAGACUACAGAAUUAUCCUUAAAGCCAAAGACCUAGAUACCAAACAGAACUGGGUCAAGAAAGUCCGUGAGUUGAUGACGGAGAGAAUGCAGUAUAUACCCAAGGCUUUGAAGGAUAAGCCGGCCAUGCUGUUCAAACCCACCACCAUCAAGCCACUCCAGGCCACCAAGGCACAGCUUCUUGCUUUCCCAAAGAGGGAUAUAGAAGACGUGUCCUUUGAUGACUCUCUACCGAUCGAGAGAAGAGGAUCUCUAACCUCGAUGAUCUCCAUGACAACCACCAUGACAACAGACAGCAGCAGUAGUGGAGGAGAAACUGCUAGGGGUGAUGUGACCAUAGUUCUGGAGGAUUACUCUGCUGGUAACAACUCUGAGGUGACAGUGACUAAGGGUCAGCAUGUAGAAAUCCUGGACCCAGCACCAAAAGGGGAGCCUAACUGGUGCCUCGUGAGAGUGCUGAACAUGGAGGACGGGGAACCAGCAGAGGGACUGGUGCCCAUCUCCUCCCUGAAACCCAUACCUGCCCUCAAACAACAAGGAAAUCGCGACAGUAUGGGAGAAGAGGAUAUGGAGGGAUCGACCACUAGUACCUCCCCUAUUCCAAAACGACGGGCGGCCAGCUUCAAAAAAUGGUUAACAGCACCAAAACGUGUCAGUCAGAGCAAAUUACCUGGCCCCCCAGGAUCGGAGAACAAACCUAGACUGCCAAUUAAACCCCUGCUGCAUAGAAAACUGGAACAGGGAGAACAGGAAGUGAUAACGGCCACUAAUGCUGUCCCCACUCAGGCUACAAGACCCCUACCCCUCAAAGCCAAUGUAUCCCCAGAUACUUCAAUGGAAGCAGAAGCGGACAGGUCCCCAGACGAUACAGAAGAAAUCGCAAUGCCUCCACCAAUGCAGCCAUUUGAUUCACAUCCUUUGAUUACAGAAGGAAAUCCUGCUUCUAUUGGACCAGCCUCAGCGGCUACCAUGGAGAAAAUGUUUAAAGAUAUGGAUAUUAACAAUGGUGACAAAGAGGACCUGGGGGGACAGGAUUCCUCGGAAUUAGGAGGGGGAGGAGAAGGGGAGACGACUGAGUCAAACCAGGAGGCAGAGAAAGAAAAGAAUGUCACGAAACGCAGAUUUGUGAUGCAGGAAUUAUUAGACACAGAAAAUGACUAUGUCAAAGACCUGGGUCUGGUGGUAGAUGGAUAUAUGAAAUACAUGAAAGAAAACCCCAUCCCCCCUGAUAUGGAGGGCAAAGACAAAAUUGUGUUUGGAAAUAUUCACCAGAUAUAUGAAUGGCACAAAGAAACAUUUUGCAAAGAAGUGGAAAAGUGUGUUGACGAUGCACAGAAAUUAGGAACACUUUUUACAAGAUAUGAACGGCGGCUGCACAUGUAUGUUAAAUACUGCGAAAAUAAACCCAAAUCAGAGUUUAUUGUGGCAGAGUAUAAUGACACAUAUUUUGAGGAGGUCAGACAGAAGUUAAAACAUCGGCUACAGCUGUCAGAUCUUCUCAUCAAACCAGUCCAAAGAAUUAUGAAAUAUCAACUCUUGCUCAAGGACAUACUCAAAUACACAGAUAGAGCUGGGGAAUCAACAGAUUCACUUAAAAAAGCUCUCCAUGUGAUGCAUGUGAUCCCAAAAGCUGCCAACGACAUGAUGCAAGUGGGAAGACUUCAGGGCUUUGAUGGAAGAAUUACAGCUCAAGGGAAGCUACUCUUACAGGACACACUUAUGGUAGCGGAGGUGGAAAAGAAUAAAACAGACCACAAGUUCAAAGAGAGACAUGUGUUUUUGUUUGAUCAGAUCACAAUAUUUAGUGAAAAGAUUGAACGGAAGAAAGGAAAUUUCUCUAAUGCUAACUACAUUUACAAAAACAGUAUAAAGACAAACCAGAUGAUGAUGGAGCCUAAUGUACCGGAUGAAGCGCUCCGGUUCAUGCUGACCGAUCGGUCUCCCGGCUCUGAUGCUAAAUACCUCAUUCAAUGUCCUAACGAAGAAGUCAAAAACAACUGGGUCUCGAGUCUCAAGUCCAUAUUAGAUAUGCAGGGCUUCUUCACUAUGGCUAUUACUAAUCCUACAAAAAUGCAGUCAACAGAUUUGUCUUCUCCUGACAUCUCGACAAACCCUUCCAAAGAUUAUUCCUUGCACAAAUCUAUUUCUCAACCUCACCCUAAAAGUAAAACCAAUGGGACAGCGGGAUCCCCCAACAGCACAGUUAGAUCUCAGUCUAUUCCAGCUCCUUCAUCAAAACCAGAACUUGAGGAGUUCACAGAAGACUCAUCCCAAAAAUCUCCCACCAAAUCCGACAAAGGAGAUAGUUCCCCGAAACCAAAGAAGUCUGAAGGACACAAAUAUAAAAAAUCAAACAGUGACUCUAUGUAUUCAGGAGACCUUGAGAACAAUGACCUUGGUGGGUCAAGGACUUCUGAAGGUUCUAGUAACCAUGUCAACAGCCUGGACGAUCAGCAGCCUGUGGUAAGUGAGCAGCAUAUGAAGGCAUCAUGAUUCACUGAUAGGCUUCUAGCCAGUGUUCCUAAUUUUUGUGAUGACAAGUUCGCACGUGAUGUGGAUUCUCUCUGUGAUUAGUUCUAACGAUAGAUUCAUAGAUAUUUAUAUAUAUACACCAAAAAUAUGCAUUUUGUGUGAAGUUCUAAAAUCCUAAUCAGAUCUGCCUGCAAUCACUAUGACUCGUAAAACCUUUUUUUUGAAACUGGAGGGGAGAAUUCUGCACAGAGCUAUGAAUUAUUAUAUCUCAGGGUUACGAUUCAUCAGAUCUGGUGAUAAAAAUUUCCAGUUAACAAAAUAGGACAAUGUGCACCUUUUCAGCAAAGCACACGUUGCUCAGGCAUGUGAUUGUUACUCCUGUCAAGCACACUUACCUCCCCCUUAUAUAUAUAUUUUUUUCUUUGUAACAACAUUCAUUCCCAUAUACUAACAAAAGAAGAAAUCCAUGUGUCAUAUUGUGUUCACUAUUAUCUGGUAUACAAUGAACAAAAUGCCACAGUGCAUUUUAGAACACCUUUACAUUAAAACCACAAACUGAUGUUUAUAUGGUGUGUAGUAACCUGUCAUUUAGUAUUCUGUAUUUAAUGAUGGUUGGCAUCAGUAUAUAGCAAGGAAAUAAGAUGUCUCCUUCUCCUAUAAUAAACUAGGCAUUACCACAAACUUUGCUGUGAAUUUAUGUUUCGGGGAAAUUGUUGUAUAAUUUUAGUAAUUAUUCAACUUAAACAUCUUAAUGAUAAAGCAGGCAAUCAAAGUGAAACUACAUCCAAAGUGAAAGUACAGAAGUGAAAGACAAUGUGUGAAUAGAUAUUGGCUGUGAUAAUGUGAAUUAAUUUAUUAUGAAUUGUAAACUGUCAGAAUAAUGAGUCGGUCUGCAUGCUCAGUAUGCGAGGUCUUUUAGUAUUCCUUAAAUCUGUUGACAUUCUUGCUCAAGCUUAUAUGCUACUGCUCCACGUUCUGAAAAUGAACAAUUUAUGACUGUUUGUCAAACUAUUCAGAGACAAUAGUUAUUACAAACUAUUUUAUGAACAGUAUUUGGGGAUAAAAUAUUUUCACUUGUCAUCUAAUACUUUUUUCAUAAGUUUAUAAUGCACAUCAUAACCAGCCUAGGUCACACAUGGUCUGUAAAACAUUUCAUGAUUAUGUGUAGAAAAAUUAGAAUAAGAAUCAAUUAAAAUCAUGGAACAAAAUCAAAUGUAUUUAUAGUAACUUCUUUUUAAAAGAUAAGGUUCAUCUAUUGAUUGUGUGCAAUAUUAUGAUAUUUCUAAGAUUUUUUAAAAGUGCUAGAUUAGAAAUAUCUACCUAUACUUCUGAUAUACUAGUCAGUGUAAAUGUUAGUACAGAUGUCUAUAGAGUUGUCAGUAUUCUCUACAUGUGGUAAACCUAUAUAUACAAGUGAAACUCGGUAGUCCACAUUUCCUCUGUCGCCAAAUAAGUUUGGAUCUUCAGUCUUUUAUAUCUUUAUCUUUUUAGCUAUUAUAUCACUGCUAACAGAACUUUGUAUUUAUGUAAAACAGCUGAAGUUGUCCUUGUUUUAUGAAUUAUGUGUUAUAUCAUAUUUAUGUAUGUAGAAAAAUCAGCUGUAUGUUUUGUUUUAAUAUUGUAGUAUUGAAACAGUUUACACUGCCCCUGCUCACCUUAGAUGUGAUGCUAUUUUAUAAGUGCUAUUCAAGCAGUCAACCAUUCAUGUAUGUUUCUAUGGUAACAUUCCUCUUUUUUUAAUUUAGUAUUAAAGGCAUAUACUGCUAUAAAGAUUCUUUCCAUAUAAAAAUGAAGGAAAUGAAUUAUAAUCAUAAAAUAAACAGUUUAGGUAAUAAAUUGAUCUUUGAUAUUUUCUGCAAAAUGUGUUUUGAUCAUUUCAGUUAUUUCAAAAUGCUUUGUGGUAUUGUUAGUAGAGUAAAUAUUUAGUCAAACAAUGUACAUUUCAACAUUUUCAAAUUGAAAGAAAAUUCUGUGGUUGAAAACCACUAUACAUGUGUAACUUAUUGAUUUAUUAUAUAUAUACUAUAUAUAUGUGAUAGUGUUGAGUGGAGAUUUAUCAGAGGAUGUAAAUGGAUCUUUCAGCACCUUGCCUGUAAAAUAGACAGACCAGCAUAGAAAUUUUACAAUUCUUAUACUCAUUGAUUGCUUCCAAUUUGUUAUAAAAGUUAAAACAGAAUUUACAAAACAGUUGCUUUAGUUCUUAUUUUGAGGAUAAAUGAAGUAAGGUAUUCUUUAUGUUUUGUUUCUUAAACCACAAUUACAUGUAACAAAAAAUAUUUAACACAUUAGUGAAGCACUUAUUAUAGCUGUACAUUCUAUAUUUACAUGGAAAGUCAAUGGUUUUAUGAUGGAAAUUUACCUUUUUGACUGUCUCUGAUGAACGAUGGUUUCUCCAUUUAUCAAUGAUAACUCUAGUAUCUUAUUAUCACUCUUUUAUUGCAUUUAUUUAUUAAUAAUACUCGAAUGUUGUUAUAUUAUUUGAUCAUCGGUCAAUUCCACUGAUAGUCGAAUCGUGGAUUAUUCGUUGACAUCACUAAAAAAAAAAAUCAAAAUAGAUAUCAUGAUACAAUAUUGUAUAAACAUUUCAAUUUGGUCUUUUUAUACUACAUGCUGAGGUGCUGUAUUGGAAGUGUGUGUUUGUGUAUGGGUGAACAACAUUUGUAGAUUAUAUGGCUACAAAAGGCUUUGUUGUUAUCAGAAUAUCAUUCUGCAUUGGCUGACAAUAAAGUAUUGUUCUCAUACGAAAAA